AUCAGAGGCAUUGUUACGGCGACCAUCUUCUCGUCGUCGCUUUUGUUUGAUGGUCCCACGCAGUACAGAAGCAGGAGGCGGAAAUAGGCAAGGUUCAAAGAAGGAGCGCUUCCGGUCCAAGCAGGAAGUAAUUUCCCGCUCGCCUAGAGAUGCUCGAGGAGGCUUGUGGUGGGAUGAAGACAAAUGGCCGGCAGUGGCUCCCAGUUGGGGCACUCCUGGCCUCAAACUGAAGUGGAUCUCCACUCCUAACCUUCACGCAAAGCGCGAACGGGGGUUGCCGUGGAUGCCAUAGAAACUGUUUAACCGGAAGUGUGUGCAUUCCCUACUCCAGCGACCUCGCGGAUCGAGCUGGGCCUCUGAAGGCACGCCUCACGUGCAUGAUUCAGGAAAUGCCCUCAGAGGUGGCUUCGAUUGACAGUUACAUUUAAUAAGUAGCGUCGUCCUUGACCGCCUAUGGCCGCCGAGCGACGCCUCUCUAGACCUUGCCAUCUCUAUGGUCAUAGUUUUAGGUGGGUCGCGUCGGUCAGCAGCAGAAGAGCAAGCCCCGGUCCAGCCGUCCCUUCAAGACCAACUAGGCUCCCCGGGCCGGAGCUUUCAAGAGUCGGAGCUCCCUUCCUCAGUUGGCCUUGAAGGUGCCCCUGGAUCCGGAUCUUGCCUCUCUGUGGUGAAGUCCCCGAGAAAGCGGCUCUCCCGCCGCUGAAACGCGUCAGAAGUGCGGAGAAGACCAGGGAGUCGGUGUGUAACCAUAGAGGACGCAAGGCGGGAAGGACGCACCCAAACUUCCGGAACAAAAUGCGGGCCGCUCUUUUCAAGCGGCUCCAAGACUCCUGGUUGUUUUUAUUCCGGCAAGUUCUAGUCGCUUCCACCUCCGCGGUGGCGCAUUUUCUCUAAGCUGCUUUGGAAGAACCGGAGAUGACUCGUGGGAGCUUCCGGUAUCAGGACCACUCGCCGCGCUCCUCUACCGGAAGUGUCCGCCGUCUGGCUUGGCGGGGGAAGUGUGGGAAACGUAACUCUUUGGGACCGGAAGUGCCGUUCUGGAGCCUCUUUCUAUGGCCAGGGGUUCCUUGUAAGGGCUCUCCUGCCCCCAAGUCGCUCGUCGCAUUGGUUCUCUUUUGACUUCUGCUUCCGGUACCUUCUGAGGUAGCCUCCUUGGUACAGUGUAUCAUGGAUGCUGGACACACCCCUACCAAGGCCCAGGAGAUGAUUUCUUGGCCACCAAAACAGAAGCAGCCGGAGGUUUCAUCCAGUGACCCAGAUCUUUACCACUGUGAUGUAUGCGGGAAGGACAUCAAGUACCAAUCGAGUUUCCGGGAGCACCAGCGCAUCCAUACGGGGGAGCGGCCCUACCAAUGCAAGCAGUGUUGCAAGACGUUCACCCGAUGUGCUGAUCUCAUCAAGCACCGCCUGGUCCACUCGGUGAGAAGGCCUCAUCGCUGCAAGGUCUGUGGAAAGCGCUUCAAGCUGCAGUCCGACCUGGACAAGCAUGGCAAGGUACAUUCAGAUGAUGCGCCUUUCCCCUGCCACCUGUGCCCUAAGCGCUUCAAACGAAGCUCUUGCCUUGUGAAGCACUUGCGCAUCCACACACAGGAGAAACCCUUUGCUUGCACACACUGUGACAGGCGCUUCAAAUGGGAGGCCUCGGUCAAGGAGCAUGAGCGAGUCCACACAGGGGAGCGGCCACACCAGUGCAGCCAGUGCCCCAAGACAUUCACCCAUCGUUCCACCUUUCUGCAGCACCAGCGUACCCAUCAGAAGUACCCGGCCUUCAGCUGCAAGCUCUGCUCCAAGGCCUUCAACCACAAGUCUAACCUCCUGAAGCACGUGCGGGCGCUGCACAGCUAGGGCAGGGGAGUCAAAGCUGCUUGGCUCCCAGAAGAGACCGAAUCACAGUAGGAAUAGCCAGUUGAGACAGGGGAACCAUGGAGAAAUAUUUAUUUCAGGAUAAAACGUAUCAGGUCUGGUGUCUCACUCUCUGUUAUAUGACUGAGGCAAGAACGGUGGGAAAAUAGCAGCUUCGAAUUAUGUAUGCAAUACAGGAAGAACAGGCCAGUGUAGAAUGGAAGGUAUUUGUUGCUAUUUGUUGCUAUUAGCUGGUAGCUAUGAGCAGACUGAAGAUUGGUCUGGAAAAAGAGUACCAGAAAGCAGAUCUUAAACGUUGUUGAUUUAAGAAAAGCUCCUUUGAGCUUAGUGCCCAGCACUUGAAAUGUUAAAGAAGAACGGGUUCUUGUAACCUCCGGUCUCCCAGCAACUCCUUUAAGGCACCUCAGCCGCUGGCUUCUGUGUGUUCCUGGAUUUGGUGGCUUGCGGGAGUUUAAGAGCUUUAGGGAGGUCCCUGCCAAAGUUUCCCUUGCUGCUCAUGCUGGCAGGAAGGGACUUAAAAGAAGCCUGUGAUUUUGCUUUAAAGAAAGUGUGUGCGUGCAGGAGGAAAGGCCAAAUGUGAAGCGGGGGAGGCGGCCUAUUGGCCCUCAGUCUCCCGUUGUCCAUCCUUGGCUUGUUAAAGCUUAGGGAACUCACUACAGUAGUGGAAUGAGCAUUCGGGGCUGUUUCUUAUCACUCCAUUUAGCUAACAGCAGCAUCUUUUCCCAGGCAUUGGAGGAAGGUUUCAGCUCUAGCUGAGUAGUGGUAGAUGGCAACCUGUUACAUUUGGCUUAGUGAGAGUUGGUGGAAUUCACCUUUUUGCAGGGGGAGGGGGAGACAGCAGGAGUGAGAGGCGGUUCUGCAGUGUGAUCAGACUCUGCAUGUCUGUAUAUGAAUUUUUUCCUGAUGAAAUGAAAAAAACUGUAAAAGAGCUACUUUAGUACAGAAAAGGAGACCUGGACAAGAAACGACCAUAUGCAAAUCAUUCACAAUAAAAUUUGUUGGAGAUAA